AUGCGCGUGCUACAUGCCAUGCUGGAGAUCUCUUCGUAUUUACCUCCAGAAUUGUAUCAGAAGCUGUACCUGUUUCAAGAGAAUCAACAACAAUCUGAUACAUAUGCAAAAGAUUAUGAUAAACGAUAUAAAGACAUGUGUUCCCAGUUUAAUUUACCACAUGCGAAGGAGUCAGUUUCUGUUAAUAGAACUCAAGCUCCUGAAAAAGCAGCAUUUAACAGUCAGCAAUACAGAAAUGAAUUUUUAAAAAUAAUAUUGAUAGUAUGGACUUGCGAAACUAAUAAAAAUCGAGCAUUAGAGAUUAGCACCACUGUUCAUGAUGUACUUAACCGCACCAGUGAUAAGCAAAUCAAAGAAGAGUUGUAUCUAUUUUCUUUGCAAAUAAUGCAUUGCAAAAAUACACUUUCCACGAAAGGUCUUUCUAUAAACGCGACGCUUCUCGCUACGAUGACGGUGGUCAUAUUACAUACCACCUUGUUGGCGUUUCAAAUAGAAAUGCUGUACAUAAAUUGCGUUAGUGUCGUAAAAGCUUGUUUCAAGGAAAUUGAUGACAAUAUGGAGAAUCUACGAGAGCUGAUAAUGAAUAGUACUCCCAGAUGGAUCCCUCACAAGCAGAGAUAUCCAUUCUUGUUGAUGAAACUUAAGGAUCUAAAGAAACAGCAUUUGAUGAUCAGCAACACAGUGCAGAUGCUAAAUUUAAUGUUUGGUCUGCAACUUCUCGCUAGCACAACCCAAUGCUUCAAGCAGAUAGUAUUCUACUUGUAUUUCAAUGUAGUACAUUGGCAAAAUGGGAUAUCCUUGAAUCGAGAUAAGAUUUACAGUGUAAAUUUCAUAUCAUUUCUGGCGCAUUACAUUAUAAGAUUAAUGUUGAUAGCGUGGGCUUGCGAAACCAGCAAAAACCAAGCAAUCAAAAUUAGUACUACCGUUCAUGAUGUGCUUAACAGUAUCAACAAUGUGCAAAUCAAACAUGAGUUAAAUUUAUUCUCCUUACAAAUAUUGCAUUGCGAUAAUACAUUUUCCAUGAAAGGUCUCACUCUAGAUGCAACGUUGCUCACUAUGAUUGUGAGUAAGGUUUUCACGUAUCUAUUAAUUUUAAUACAAUUUUUGAUUAUGACGCAUUCUUGCGAUAGCAAGACAGGUGUAAUUAAAGAUACCUAG